AUGACACAGGUAGACAGCGGGUCGGACUCGGCUGAGACUCUCAAGCUGGCCGGCGGCGCGGGCGCCGACGGGCUGUCGCACUGCGUCGGCCAGCUCAACAUAUACGAUCUGAUUUCCAACCAGUCGGACGGCACCGAGACCGAGACGGCGGACGCGGACGCGGACGCGGCGCGCGGCGCGGCGCCGCUGCGCCGGCUCAAGUCGUCGCUCAAGCUGUCGUCCAGCGGGUCGUCCACGUCGCACUCGGGCGCCGCCAAGAACGUGCGUUUUGCGCAGCAGCUCACCAAGAUCAAGCGCUUCGACGCGUCCCGCGAGCCCAUCUCGAUCUCGUGCGACAACUCGCCGCGUCUGACGCCGCUGAUCGCGCUCGACUCGUGCGUCAGCGACGACGACGACGAGUUCUGGUUCGGCACCGCGCUCUCGCGCAUGAAGCUGCCCUUGAGCCACGCCGCGCUGCGCGCGGGCGCGGCCGGGCCGCUGCGGGCCGCGGGCGCGCUGCUCGGCGACAGCGACAGCGACACGGACCGCUGCGCCGACGACGACGACGACGACGACGACGACGACAGCGACGGCGACGCCGCCGACAUCGACAACGGCAACGUCCACAUCCACCGCCACGAUCCCUCCGACGCCGACUUCGGCGCCCUCUUCGCGCGCCCGCGCGCGCUCGGCGCGCGCUUCUCCGUCGCGCGCUGGGAUCUCGUCUCCACCAACAUCGCGCCGCUGGUCGCGCGCCGCGCGCUCGAUCUCGAGGCGCUCGUCCUCGCGUAUCUCCAGGGCAACAACAUCAAGCUCAGCUCGGUGUCGCCCUGCCUCGACUCCAGCAAGCUGCAGGGCCUCAUCUACGUGGCCAACCUCAAUUUCGAAAAAUUCAUCGAGGUCAAGUACACUUUCAACAACUGGCGCGACAUCCACUACGUCACCGCGCAGUACCACCGGACCGUGACCGCCGGAAUCGACGAGUUCCGCUUCACCGUCAAUCUCAACGGCCUCAAGUUCUUCAUGCAGAUGAAACACCUGCUCUACUGCGGCAGCGGGCCCGAGACCGUGUGCCCGCUCACCAUGGAAUUGUGCUGUCGUUACGACGUGAACGGCGAAACCUACUACGAUAACAACAACUACGAAAACUACCAGUUGCGCCUCAACGCCGUUACCAAGCCCGUUCCCCGCCGCAGGCGCCGUCGCUCCGCUGACGCCGCCGCCGCGGGCAGGCUCCCCCUGCGCCGCCACUUGUCUGCCGACGCCAUCACCAUGUCGGCCACCACCAGCACGUCCCCCACCAGCACGUCCCCCACGCCAGCCCCCGCCCCAGUGCCCGCUCCGGCGCCCAAGUCCCUCGACCAUCCCCCAGUACAGCCUGCCGGCAGGCACUUCUCCAAGGAUACCGACUACUUCAACACGUCGCCCUUGAAACAUCUGUUCCGCAGCGAGUCCGCGUUGUCGUCCCUCGGCAAGCCCACCGCCACCAACGCCAACGCGGCUUCCACGCUGGCCCCUGCCACGAAUUUGCCCGAGCAGACGGUCGUCCCCGUGAGCCCCACGGUCCCCAUGCAUUUCUUCUUUGGUUACGCCGCUGCGCCCAAUUACACUCACAAGUCCCCCUCUCCUAAACCCGCCUCCUCCAGGCCCAGUUCGGAGUGGACCUCCGAGGGAGAUUCCGCGUCCCCGGCCCAAAACCAAAGCGAAUCCCUAUCCUCGAGUGUCUCUUCUUCCACCUCCUCGUUCUCUCCCACCAUACACGCACCCCGCGUCAUGAAGGCCUUUUCCACCAACGACCUCCGUGCCUCCAUUACUGAGUUGCAAUCGCCAGAACCUCGCCAUUUCGUAUCUUCGGCUCCUACCAAAGAUAUGAAGCGCGACCUUUCUUUUGAUGAAUCCUAUUCAGACGAUCAACAGGCCAAGACGCUCAAGCUCUCCCACAACAAGCCAAUGGACUACAAUACAUUACUGCAAUCCUACUGUUUCUACGAUCCUGCUAAACAUUCCACACGUUCUCCUCAGCCUUCCCCUUGGCCGGCAAAUUUUACCUCCGCCUCUCCCCCAGUGUUAUCGCAGGGGAAGGGCAGUUGGAUACUAUGA